CAGUGCACUUGGCACUUCAGCUCAUCCCAACACUCAACAUCGCUGCGUGACGGACCUCCAGCCAGCACUCAAAGGCGAAAAGGAUGUUUGUGCUAAUUGGUAUCAAGGAUACGGUCCCCGUCGCGCCCAAAACUUUCGACAUUGCUCCCUCUACGACCAUCAAAGAUGCCAUCAACAAAAAAUACGCAAACAAGCUCGUCCCAGACAAGGGUCUCGCUCUUUCAGUGUUCGACAUUCUGACGGCAGAGGAUGGAAAGGUCACUUGGGGAAAUGGAUUGAUGUAUUAUAAAGUCUCUUUCAGAUUAAUGCUUUUUGCACCUUUCAUCGGAGAAGUCAUCGUCGGCCGUGUUCUCUCGACUACCAAGUCAUAUAUCAGAGUAUCAUUAGGUUUCUUCCAAGACAUCUAUAUCGUGCCUUCACUCCUUCCCCCGAACUCUGCAUUUGAUCCACAGCAGAAAGCCUUCUUCUGGGUCGCCACAGACGACGAAGCGCUAUCGCAAGAACAAUUGCUCAAUACGGUCGUCACUGGUUCGUAUUCCUUCUCCAGGUCGGACCCUCCAUUGACUCGCCAUGUGCAGAACGGUUAUAUAUCGAUGCGGGAGAACCGAUACGAUUCCGAGUUGAUUCGGUCGAAUGGCGCGACGUCCGACCAACACCACAGAGCCUGAUGGCAGAGCAGAAUGGAGAAGAUGUGCCGGAGAAGGAUCCAAUAGAGAAGGCCGGUUUCAAAAUACUUGCAACGAUAGCCGAGUCGGGGCUGGGUGUGACGGCUUGGUGGCCGGGACGUGAGGAGAAUGAAGAAGUGUAUGAAUAGAGGGACCAGUGUUCGGGAAGCAGCUGUGGAGGAUCGAGUCGUUGGUGUUUAUUUGGGGAAAGAUGUUGGGGGUGAGGCGCAUAUCAUCCAACAUUGCAUUGAUUAACGGGUUUCACGCAUGUAUCACUACUAUUAUCUUCACG